UUCUUGCAUCUUAUCAUCUCUUUCUCUCUCUAAAAAGUCAGCGCCUUCUCUCUUUCUCUCUCCUCAAAAAGCAUCACAUCACUGUACAAAACAGACACUUUCACACCUUGUCUCUAACGGUUAUGGACUCAGAUUGGGAUCUAUAUGCCGUUGUUAGAGGCUGCACCACCGUAACCUCCUCCACCACCACUACUACCACCACCACAACCGCCGCCAGAACAACCAGUGCUACACCUUCUUCGUCUUAUUUCUCUAUUUACCCUGCUGAACAAUCCGGUCAAGUUUUAUCAAUUUCAAACCCUUAUGAAUCAAAAAGUUCCGUUGAAGAAUUGCAUGAACUUUGCAAACCUUUCUUCAUCCAAUCGCAACCUCUCUCUUCAAAUUCAUUCUCUUAUUCAUCACCAUCACCAAAAUCAUCAAAUACACAGGUGAAACAACAGCAGCAGCUUAUUAAGCAGCCUCACCAUAGCGGUUCUGCUACAACACCAAGAUCUAAAAGAAGGAAGAUUCAGCAUAAGAAGGUUUGUGAAGUACAAGCUGAGAAUCUCUCAUCAGACAUAUGGGCAUGGAGGAAAUAUGGUCAAAAACCCAUCAAAGGUUCACCAUAUCCAAGAGGAUAUUACAGAUGUAGCAGUUCAAAAGGGUGUUUAGCUAGAAAACAAGUUGAGAGGAACAAAUCAGACCCAACAAUGUUCAUAGUAACAUACACCGGUGAACAUAGUCACCCUGCUCCAACUCAUAGAAACUCUCUUGCUGGUUCGACACGACAGAAACCUUCGUCGCCGCAAACGGUCACUGCGGAAGACUCUUCCCAACCCUUUACGAAACAAGUUUCUCCGUCGACCUCAGAGGCCGAAGAGGAAGAGGCUACACCUUCAAAGUCGGAAAGCAGAGAGGAUUUGGAAGAUUUGAUGAAUGAUGAUGAGGAAAACGAAUUUGAGUUGUCUGAUAUGGUUGUAACAGAUGAUUUCUUUGAAGGUUUAGAUGAAUUGACAGGUUUUGCCGGAAAAACAGUAGCUUCAUCAUCUGGUGGUGACUGUUUUGGUGACCCUUUUGCAGCUAGUAUUGCACUUCCUGCUUGUGGUGGCCAAUGACGCCCUCUAGUCCCGCCACCUAUCCGGCACAAACAUCAGAUACGACACUGACAUGUUGAUAUUAUCAUAAUAUCAUGUGUCAGUAUUGUAUCAGAUAUCAACAUCUGUCGGAUAUCGGAUACCAGACAUAUCUUCGAUUUAAGUUACAAUAUAAUUUUGGUUUUGUUUUUUGAGGCUAGAGGAAUUGGUACAUUUUGGAGGAAUAUUAACCAACAAUGUUUUGUGAAGGGGAAGAAAAGUUCUACCCAAAAGUAUAGUGAUAAUGUUAAAUUUAGAUUAGGCAUGUAUAUCUUUAUGUUAGAGUGAUUGUUAGCCAUACUUUUGGUAAUGUACAAACAAUUCAUUUUUCAACAUCUUUUGUUUGUCUAUGUAAUCUUUUUGAGUUAGUUGAAGUAAUAAUGGAUUAUGAAAUUAAUUUACCUAACA